AUGGCAUUCCAGUGGUGGGAUCCCGAUCGAAUUGAAUCAACGGUCACCCGAGGGUUUGUCUCGCAAAGGCUUAUCCCCCAGGAUACCGAGCGGCUCGACAAGACGCUCGCCUUUGGAGAUGGCUUGACUGACUUGACAUAUUGGGAUUGGAUCGACUCCAAAGGAAAGCGCAUCUUUCUUAUCCUCGUGGAUCUUGGCGCUGCCAACCACAUCUUCGACCUCAUCGACGAUUCUUGGUGCGACGACGACUUGCCCCUUGGCCCGGAGAACGCUGAGCGACUGAGCAGCGUUGCCAAGGAUGGGAAGUUGUGGAGGAGGUUCUACCAAAGGCAAUUCGCCUAUCUCUUAAGGCCACUCACCAAGGGCCACCACGUGAGCUAUUCAGACGCCGAGAUGGUGCCUGUUGAAGUAACAGACAGAAAGCCCAUUCUUACCGCCAGCUCCUCGGUUGAUAAGGUCGCCCUCCCAAACGAGCCAGAUAUGGUAUUUUGGAGGCGUCGGAUUCCCAUCGGCGACGGCCGGGGAGAGUUGAGCGAAGACGAAUUCUUCAACACGGUCGACACCGCGAGAUCUACUGAGAACGAGCACAUGGUGUCAUACUGGGCCUCGUACACUCACCGCGGCGAGGGUUUCAUUCUCUUUGACCCCGCCAGUGAGACAAACUUGAAGUUGUUCUUCGUGGCCCAACCAACCUCGUAUCGCAACUUUACCAAGAAGGAGCGUAGAGAAUCUGUCAUGGACUGGAUACUCUGCCUAGCAGACACCGUUGCCUUUUUACACAGCAGAAACCGCUCCCACCGCUACAUCAAGCCCUCCACCGUCCUUUUCAACGAAAAGUCUCGCAUAUUCUUAGCCCAGCCCACGCGACUCAGCCCCGAACCGCUGGCCACCCACUCCAAAAACUCCUUUGACCGUGAAUGCCUAUCUUCGACCCCAGAGACGGCAGCUAUCUCCAUUCUACGACCAGACUACGCAUCGUACAAGCCCAACGCCAUGAUGAGCGCCCCGAACCCGCACCUAAACCCGCAAGCCGCCGACAUCUUCUCCCUAGGGUGUAUUAUUCUCGAUCUCCUCAGCUUCUUGCUUAAGAAGCAGAGCAAGUUCGCAUCUUUUCGCGCAGCAAAGCACAAGACACCCGGGAGGGGUGGAGCGGUGCUGGAUUCCUCUUUCCACCGUAACCUGGGCCAAGUUGAGGCCUGGAUGUCCCUCCUAGCGAGGGAAGCGUCGAAAAAGGCGUCCGAUAGCGACGGGGCAAUGCCGUCGGCGGAAGACGUGCAGCACCGGAUCUAUCAGAUUGUCACAGAGCACGCAGGUAUUGCUGAACCUCACUGCGUUCAUCAAUACGCGAUCCAUCACGGUAUUCACGACCAUAGCUUCCGCGGCUACCGUGUGGAUUCUGAUUUGUCGGAGAGCGGUCCCUCCACCCCACCGUCGGGCUACGGUCCUGAUUGGGUUUAUGGUGGGGAGAGCAGCAUGCGCGAGGCAUACAUGAGUGAUGGACGCCAGAGUCGGAGUCAGAUGCACCUCCACUUACCUAUCAAUGGCCAUGGCCAUGAGCCGAAGCAAAUGCAGCUCCCCAUCCGAGGGAUGCAGCCGGUGAUGUCGCCGGCGCUGAUGUCUCCUCGGAUGGCACAAAACAGGCCAAUAUAUUCGGGCUAUGGAGCGAUGGGCCUCGAGGUUUGA